CAAGUAGCCCCAGUAGAGGCCAAGCAGAGCGGAGUGACUACUCGGGCUCGCGUAGCAGUCUCCUUUCCCAGUUCCUGUUUCCGCCUUUCAGUCUUCAGACAGCUUAACAACUUAAAGCAUCAUCGUCAGGCAGAAAAUAGACCUUGAAGAAAUCCAAGCUUUAUGAGGUAAAGCCCGAAAGAAGUUGCCCUCUGAAGUCCGUUGUGAGUGGUCUGUGAGGCGUGUGUUAAGAGGGAAGUAUUCUACAAGGCCACUUCAUAGAGACCCAGGGAGACAUCUGUCAAUCAGUCAGUCAGGACUACAGAGACACAGAGGGUGACAGACCAGACUACCAGACCCAGGAUCAGCACACGCCCAGUCCAGCCUAGACCAGAGAGGACUCGGACAUCCUAACUCCCUGGAGGAACCAUAGCCAUGCAUUAACUAACCCCCCCAACCCUACUUGAACUACCUCUCACCAUCUCCGUCCUCCCCCCUCCCCCCCUACGCCCUCCGGCAUUCUCACCAUGCCUCAAGGCCUAUUGUGACGGGAGUGCUGUUCACCCCCCCCCCCCCCAUCCCUCACCCCAGAGGGGUGAAAGAUGCGCCCAUGGGCAGGUUCGUGGCGCUGGAUCAUGCUUGUGCUCCUGGCGUGGGGCACACUGCUGUUCUACAUCGGAGGUCACCUUGUGAAGGACAGCGAGCACCCGGAGAGAUCCAGCAGAGAGCUGUCCAAGAUCCUGGCCAAGCUGGAGAGACUGAAACAGCAGAACGAGGACCUGAGACGCAUGGCUGAGACACUCAGGUUACCAGAGGGCCAGUCUGACGGGGGCCCGGUGGUGAGUGCAGGCAGACUGCGGAUCCUGGAGGAACAAUUGAUCAGAGCUAAGGAACAGAUCAACUCCUACCGCAGCCUGCCUGGAGAUGGGCCAGGUAGGAACCAGGAAGAGCUGCGGAGGAAGAUAGAGAACGGGGUGAAGGAGAUCUGGUACUUUGUCCGCAGUGAGGUCAAGAAGCUGGGUCACAUGGAGCAGGGGGACCUGCAGAAACACAUCGACACACUGCUGCAGGAGCUGGGACACCAGCAGAGGUCCAUCAUGACUGACCUGCACUACCUGAGCCAGGCUGACGGAGCAGGAGACUGGAGAGAGAAGGAGGCCAAGGACCUGUCUGACCUGGUACAGAACAGGAUCACAUACCUCCAGAACCCCCAGGACUGCUCCAAGGCCAGGAAGCUGGUGUGUAACAUCAACAAGGGCUGUGGCUACGGCUGCCAGCUGCACCACGUGGUCUACUGCUUCAUGAUCGCCUACGGCACCCAGCGUACCCUCAUCCUGGAGUCCCAGAACUGGCGCUACGCCACGGGAGGCUGGGAGACCGUCUUCCUCCCGGUCAGUCAGACGUGCACCGAGCGCACCGGGGUCACCACCGGACACUGGUCAGGCGAGGCUAACGACAAAGACGUCCAGGUGGUAGAGUUACCCAUCGUGGACAGCCUGCACCCCCGCCCCCCCUACCUGCCCCUGGCCAUUCCCGAGGACCUGGCCCAGCGCCUCCACCGGCUCCAUGGUGACCCUUCCGUCUGGUGGGUGUCUCAGUUUGUCAAGUACCUGAUCCGGCCCCAGGCCUGGCUGGAGAAGGAGAUCCAGGACACCACCGCCAAACUGGGCUUUAGGCACCCCAUCAUAGGGGUCCAUGUGAGACGGACAGACAAGGUGGGGACAGAGGCAGCCUUCCACCCUAUAGAGGAGUACAUGGUACAUGUAGAGGACCAUUUCCAACACCUAGCCAGGCGCAUGCUAGUGGACAAGAAGAGAGUCUACUUGGCCACUGACGACCCCUCACUACUACAGGAGGCCAAGGCUAAGUACCCAGAAUAUGAGUUCAUCAGUGAUAACUCCAUCUCGUGGUCUGCGGGGCUGCAUAACCGCUACACCGAGAACUCUCUGAGAGGAGUCAUCCUAGAUAUUCACUUCCUGUCCCAGACCAACUUCCUGGUCUGCACCUUCUCCUCACAGGUGUGCCGUGUGGCCUAUGAGAUCAUGCAGACCCUCCAUCCUGACGCCUCAUCUCACUUCCACUCCCUGGAUGACAUCUACUACUUCGGGGGCCAGAACGCCCACAACCAGCUAGCCGUGUACGCCCACCAGCCCCGGAGCUCCGACGACAUCCCCCUAGAGCCUGGCGACCUGAUCGGGGUGGCGGGGAACCACUGGGACGGCAACUCCAAGGGCAUCAACCGCAAGACGGGCCGCACCGGCCUCUACCCGUCCUACAAGGUGAAGGAGAAGAUCGAGACCGUAAAGUAUCCCACGUACCCCGAGGCAGACAAGAUGCUGAAUCAGUAAAGAGAGACUGAGAUACAGACUGCUGCCCAGACAGACACUGAUAAAUUAUGAGAGAAAACGUGGACCUUUAGCCCGAGAGAGGGGACGAAGGGGAAUGCACUUUGAAUGAGUGUGGGUCUUGGUCAGUUGAAGUGUGUAUGAGUGCGUGUGUGUGUGCGCGUUUGUGAAAUGCGGCAUGUGGAGUAUCUACAGGGUAUCUGACUUACUCCUCACCAACCUGACCCUCCGGGACUAGGACCCUCCAGUGACUAACUCCUCACCAACCUGACCCUCCGGGACUAGGACCCUCCAGUGACUAACUCCGUCAGGGGGGUAAAAUAAAAGACUACAAUUAGCAAAGAAAUGAAAGAAAAUAAGGAAUAAACAAAUGAUAGCACUCCGGUGGAAUGAUGAAGGGAUCGCCCAAUCGGAGCUCUUUAUUUAAAUAAUAGUUGAAAUGACUGAGAAACCUCAGAAUGAUGACUGAAAAAAUAACUACAAAGAGAACUAAUUGUGAACUGUAAGAGCCAACAAACAAACUCUUGACUUUCGCCUCUCCCCCUGUGCUGUUCUCUUCUCUUCUUGUGGACAUUGGUUGUAGCCAAUUGUUUUCUUCCUUCUUUCCUUCCUGCCCUUGUUUCCUCUCCUCCUUUCACUCCUUUCUUCACUCACUCCGUUUCAACUUACGCCAACUCAUGCAUUUUUUUCUGGCCCACCCUCUUAAUUUUUCACCGCCAUAUUGUGCAUUUGGAUAAGUGAUUUUAAUGUUUUUAGUUGUUGUCGUUGGUGUGUGCGAGAGUGUGUGAGUGUGUGAGCAUUCGAGCAUGUGUGUGGGGUGUGUGUGAGUCCAAAUAGGGUGCCUACUAAGGAAAAUGGCUUCUGUACUUCUUCUCUCCAAGUGUCUCUGUUUUUGUUCGUGUCAAAGUGACGUCAGAGCCAUAAGGACCCAGGCCUUGCCAUGCAGAUACUGCACAUGCAGAAUAAUACAUACUGUACAUAAUAGAGAAAACGGUAUAUGCAGAAUACUGUAUAUGCAGAAUACCACAUUAAGAAUACUGUAUAUGCAGAAUACUGCAUGUAGGAUACUGUAUAUGCAGAAUACUACAUGUAGAAUACUGUAUAUGCAGAAUACCACAUUCAGAAUACUGUAUAUGCAGAAUACUACAUGUAGGAUACUGUAUAUGCAGAAUACUGUAUAUGCAGAAUACCACAUUCAGAAUACUGUAUAUGCAGAAUACUACAUGUAGGAUACUGUAUAUGCAGAAUACUACAUGUAGAAUACUGUAUAUGCAGAAUACCACAUUCAGAAUACUGUACAUACAGAAUACUACAUGUAGGAUACUGUAUAUGCAGAAUACCACAUUCAGAAUACUGUACAUACAGAAUACUACAUGUAGAAUACUGUAUAUGCAGAAUACCACAUUCAGAAUACUGUACAUACAGAAUACUACAUGUAGAAUACUGUAUAUGCAGAAUACCACAUUCAGAAUACUACAUGUAGGAUACUGUAUAUGCAUAAUACUACAUGUAGAAUACUGUAUAUGCAGAAUACUACAUGCAUAAUAGAGAACUGUAUUUGCAGAAUACUGUAUAUGCAGAAUACCACAUUCAGAAUACUGUAUAUGCAGAAUACUACAUGUAGGAUACUGUAUAUGCAUAAUACCACAUUCAGAAUACUGUACAUACAGAAUACUACAUGCAUAAUAGAGAACUGUAUAUGCAGAAUACUGUAUAUGCAGAAUACUAUAUAUACAGAAUACUAUAUAUGCAGAAUACUGUAUAUGCAGAAAACUGUACACUCCAGUCCAGACUCACUUAACUGUGUCUUACUCAUUUUCUGUUCAUGUCCUUUUUAAAAUGUUAUUUUAAUGUUAUUGAAUUUGAAAGAAAAAUGAAAAUUGACAACUACACUUUAAAAGAUUACAAACAAUGAUUAUUUACGUAUGAUGAUGAUAGCAUUGAUGAAGAUGAUGAUUAACGAAGAAUAUGAUUAUUGUCCACCAUGAAGACAUGUUCAUAUUUUAUGUUUCUGGGCAUUGUCUUUGAUAAAAGCAGAUCAAAUAAAGUGAUCGGCUCAA